CACACACACACACACACACACACACACACACACGCACACACGCACACACGCACCGGUGGAGAGAGAGAGACCAGCUACACGCUGUUCACAGGCAGCAAUGGAUCAAGCCAGGACAACAAUAACAAAAAUAUUUAAUGGGGAGCCGCGCUCCUACACCCGCUUCAAUCUGACCCAGAACAUGGAGGAGGACACCAGCCAUGUGGAGAUGAAGCUGUCCACCGACGUAGAUGAGGAGGCUGGAGAGAACGGAGGCCUGGAUAACGGAAAGCGGCCACAUACCAGCCCGUCCUACGUCAGCAGACCCAGCCAGACCAAACCCAGAACCGUCUGUUUUAUGAUUAUAGCCACUCUGGCCAUUUUCAUCAUUGGAUACUUGAUCGGCUUCGCGUCUCAUCGAAGGCCCGCCGCUGCAGCACCGAGCUGCGAAGCAUCCGCUCUCUCCACCGACGAGUCUGCGCCUCCGGUAGUAACGGUUCCUGUUCUUGACUGGAGUGAGAUCUCGUCCCUGCUUAGUCGCAAACUGACCACGAGUGCCAUUGACAAGAGCCUCAGCGAAUUUGCCAUGGACAGUCAUAGAGCAGGAUCCGCCGGGGACCAGGCGCUCGCUAAUAUGGUGCUGAAAAAGUUCCAGAAUUAUAACAUGAACCCCUGGGCUGACGCACACUACAUUAAAGUCCAGGAUCGGCCCAGGAGUGGCAGCAACAGGGUGACGUUCAAGGAUAAGACAUUUUCUGAACCUGGUUAUUUAUCCUACAGCGCAAACAAAUCAGCGCAGGGUGCCGUUCUGUAUGCGUAUUACGGACAAGAGGAUGAUCUGCGUCGUCUGCAGGAUCUUAACAUCGACAUAAACGAAAGAGUUCUCCUGGUCAGGGCUGGAAAAAUCAGCUUUGCUGAAAAGGUUGCCAACGCUGCCAGCCUGAAUGCCAGUGCAGUGCUGAUCUACCCAGAUCCCGCUGACUACUCCUUCAACACAGACACUGACUUGUUUGGCCAUGUUCAUCUGGGCUCCGGUGAUCCGUACACUCCAGGCUUUCCAUCUUUCAACCACACCCAGUUUCCUCCAGCUCAGUCCUCAGGCCUGCCCAGCAUCCCAGCACAGACCAUCAAAGCCUCGACCGCCGCCGCCAUCAUGAGGGAAAUGGGCGGUCGUGAUGCUCCUCGUGGAUGGGGUGAUGGAGGUCUCCAGAAUGUUAUGUACAAGCUGGGAGCUGCUGAAGACGUCAUUUCCGUCGAGGUGAACAACGUUCUCACUGAGAUAAUAAUCCAUAAUGUGUUUGGAGUCAUCAAAGGAUUUAUAGAUCCAGAUCGUUAUGUGGUGAUCGGAGCUCAGAGAGACGCCUGGGGGCCCGGAUACGCUCAGUCCACCGUUGGUACCAGUCUGCUGGUUGAGUUAGCCAGAGUUAUUAGUGAAAUGACAAGCAAAGAUGGAUUCAGACCCAGAAGGAGCAUCGUUUUUGCAAGCUGGAGUGCUGGAGAAUACGGUGCUGUCGGUGCCACCGAGUGGCUGGAGGGUUAUUUGGCUUCACUUAAUAUGAAAGCGUUUUCUUAUAUCAGCCUGGAUAGAGUCGUUACAGGUUCCUCUUUUAAAGCCAGUGCAAGCCCACUGAUGUAUGAUCUGAUACAGAGCACUAUGAAGGAGGUUUUCGUAUCCGGUGACUCCAGCAGGAGUUUAUAUUCACAAGUGACUGGAAGCAACUGGGACAGCGCUGUGAUGGAGCAGAUGACCCUGAGUGACUCUGCGUAUCCGUUUCAGACUUUCUCCGGCAUCCCUUCCAUCUCAUUCCGCUUCACCUCAGGUAAACCGUACCCAUUUUUCGGCACCAUGUCUGACACCAGAAGGAAUCUGGAUAAUUCGGCUCCGAACCUGCUGGGGUUGGUGAAGGCGGCGGGCGAGUUCGCAGGCCAGAUAGCUCUUCGUCUGGUGCACGACCACAUACUCAGACUGAACACGCAGAAAUACCUCAACGUCAUACGUGCUAAUAUAGUGCAAAUUAGUAGAGAAGUGACCAGUCUGCAGAGGUCUGGCCGUAUCCCUCAGAGUUUACAGAUGCAGUGGUUUUCAUCAGCUCUGGGUUCAUACAGUCGUGCUUCGAGGAGCAUCAUCAACACCAUCCAGAACAGUGACCUCGAAGACAUGGAGCAAUGUCGUAUCAUCAAUGACCGGCUCAUGGGGGUUGAGAGGAAUCUUCUCUCUCCGUACAUUUCUCCUCGAGAGUCUCCGUUCAGACACAUAGUCCUCGGCUCAGGUUCACACACCCUGAAGGCCCUGAUCACGCACCUCUCUGCGAUAAAGGAGGGCUCGGCCAGCGCCGACGUCGACCUGCUGAGGAAUCAGUUCGCUCUGGCAACCUGGACCAUCCAGAGCUGUGCCAACGCGCUCGCCGGCAACGUGUGGGAGCUGGAUAAUGAAAUUUAGCCCAAUUGGUUCGAAUGUUUAAAGAGAAAAAGUUUCUGAUUUAAGCUCCAGCCCCUCAGCCUAUCAGAUAUCAGCACUUGACCAGAUUAUCAGAAUGUCUGAAAGUGACUCUGUACUGCAUUUUAACCACGAGUACCAGGUUUGCCUUUCCUCAUUCCGAUGCUUGAUGGCAGCUGAUCUAUUUAAAACUCCUAACACACGAUGACUGAUAACAUCCUGAACUAAACCAGUAAAUAGUUCAGUAAAGUUUAUUAAAGUCCAUGGCAGCUUUUAACAGAGUUACUGUAAAUUUACUUGAUGUGUCUGGUACAAAAUCAGCUGUUCCUUAAGAAUCAAAUAGUAUUAAGAUUUUGACAGUAUUGGGCUUCGGGUUAAAAUAC